AUGAGGAGCUUUUACAGCUUACUACCAUUGCUCAACUGGCACAAGAAGAAGAUGAACGACCUCACUGUGGAUCUGUUGUUGGGCGGCAAGUUUCGAAUGCCACCAGAGAUGUUCAAUGAUAUAUGUGCUGCACUUGCUGCAUCAUGUAGAUACUUUUGUCCAGAGUGCGAUGCUGCCGGCAGGGCUGGAUUUGCAACAGUUCAGAAGGUAACUGUUGCUUUAAGAAUGCUUGCUUAUGGAGGACCAGUUGACAGUUUAGAUGAGUAUAUUCGAAUGGGUGAGAGCACAGUCCUUGAAACCGUUAACAAAUUCACACGCGCCAUAGUUGCAAUAUUUGGGCCUGAGUAUCUUAGAGAACCAAAUGAGCAUGAUAUUGCUAGACUCCAUGCAAAGACCGAGGAAAGAGGGUUCCCAGGGAUGCUAGGUAGCAUCGAUUGUAUGCACUGGGAGUGGGAGAAGUGCCCCGUAUCAUUGCACGGUUAG